AUGGUCGAGUUUAGAACAGAGCAACGUGUGAAAGCAAAAGGCUUUCUUGCAUUUGGUGAUCAUUCUGGAUAUUGGGUGAUGCAUACCAUUCCGAAAUUCGGCUUGAUAAAGCGUUAUGAAUACCCCAAAAACGCAUUUAAGUUUGGACAAUGCGCAAUUUGUGUUCAUUUCAAUGUUUCUGAACUAAAUAAAAUAUGUAAGUAUGCAUUACUACAUUUAACUAUGUUGCAUUUAAGGAUAUUUAUUGAGACUUUAAUUGCAGGUAAACAUUUGCUAUUCACCAAUCCAAAAAUCCAUCUGAAGCAAAUAUCUGAUAAAAUGAGUUCGAAACUUGACAAAUAUUCAAAAUCACUGUUUGAGAAGAAGCCAAAAUUUGUUCGAUCUGGAAACCUGACAAAUAAAAGUGAAUUGAAAAGCGCAGGAUACCACGUCUUCAUCAGUUUUGCAAAGGCUAGCAAAUGUAAAAAAGAUUUAUAUGGCGAUAUCAUUGCACCUGGCAUUAAAUCAUCCCUACUGGUUGAAACAUGGCGAAGAGGAAAGAAUAUGAACGAAACUUGCAGAACCAAAUACACUGUAAACGAUAUUGUGGCUAUCAAUAUGACUGUAAAAGAUGGCAGAAGAAAAAAAAUGAUUGAUUUUCAAUCAUUUGAAGAUCACAGUAAAUGGGCCAUUUCAACCAGGAAUAAGAUGAAAUGGAUUUGCAUCACGGAUAUGAACAGAAUGGUUUCUCAACAGAAGCGAGGCGGGGGUGCUUUAUGUUUUCAAUCUUCCAAAGUUUGGAGUGCAUUCAAUAAUAUUAUUGCAGAGACAGGAGAAUGUUAA